UCAUGACGUACCACAUUACAGUUAAACGUAAAAUGAAUCCGAGGCGGAAUAAAAUUCGACUUUUGGAAAGUAAAAGGAGAAAAACUUGUUCGUAACAGCGCUUCGUUCGGCGGAAGGAACCAAAGCUCAACAUGCUAGAUGGGGGCAACUGUUGCACAGCUGUGGAAGCUGACCCACAGCAGCCACUGAUCCUGGAAAGAGCUGAGAAGGAACCUGAGAAGAAAUGCAUUACGGUUGUGUCAGAUCGGGUGAAGAAGCACUGCUCAUGCUCCCCGGAGAAGGUGAAAUCCAAAAUACUGAGCUUUGUCCCAAUUCUGCAGUGGCUGCCCCGCUACAAGCUAAAGGACUGGAUUCUGGGUGAUAUUAUGUCAGGACUUAUAGUUGGAAUCCUGCUGGUUCCUCAGUCCAUUGCCUACUCCUUACUGGCUAGUCAAGAUCCUAUAUAUGGUUUAUACACCUCCUUCUUCUCAUCUAUCAUUUAUGCCAUCCUGGGUUCCUCCAGACACAUCUCAGUGGGGAUAUUUGGAGUGCUUUGCCUGCUUGUGGGUCAGGUUGUGGACAGAGAGUUGGCUGUUGCAGGAUACCUCCCAGAAAGCAGCUUUGGCAGUAACAACAGUGAUGCCUUGUUGGCUGGCCAGGGGAACAGCAGUAAUGUAGAGUGUGAUAGGAGCUGCUAUGCGAUCACAGUGGGAGCAACAGUCACCUUCACUGCUGGCAUUUACCAGGUUCUGAUGGGCCUUUUGCAGGUAGGCUUUGUCUCUGUCUACCUGUCGGACUCCCUCCUCAGUGGCUUUGCAACAGGGGCCUCCCUGACCAUCCUCACGUCCCAGAUCAAGUACCUUCUGGGGCUGAAUGUCCCCCGGGCGCAUGGCUGGUUCACUUUGUUCAAGACCUGGUAUAGUCUGCUCACCAACAUGGCAGAAACCAAUAUCUGUGAUCUAAUCACAAGCCUGGUUUGCCUGGCAGUCCUGAUUCCAGCAAAGGAACUGAAUGAUCGCUUUAAAUCCAAGCUAAAGGCUCCGAUACCAUUUGAGCUGUUUGUGGUUGUAAUCGCAACCCUUGCCUCUCACUUCGGUCACUUCAACAGUAAAUAUGGUUCUGGAGUGGCUGGAGUCAUCCCUACAGGCUUCGCCCCUCCUCAGCUACCAGCAUGGACCCUCAUCCCCAAUGUGGCCGUGGACGCCUUUUCCAUCGCCAUCGUGGGAUUUGCCAUCACCGUCUCCUUAUCCGAGAUGUUCGCCAAGAAGCACGGCUACACGGUGGAUGCCAACCAGGAAAUGUAUGCCAUUGGCUUCUGCAACAUCCUGCCUUCUUUCUUCCGCUGCUUCACGACCAGCGCUGCUUUGACGAAAACCCUCGUCAAGGAGUCGACGGGGUGUCAAACGCAGAUGUCGGGCCUGGUCACGGCUGCUAUUCUGCUGUUGGUUCUCCUGGUUAUUGCUCCACUCUUUUACUCCCUUCAAAAAUGUGUUUUAGCAGUUAUCAUCGUGGUGAACCUACGUGGUGCUCUAAGAAAGUUCAGGGACGUUCCCCGGAUGUGGCGCGUCAACAAAAUCGAUGCCUCGAUCUGGCUGAUCACCAUGGCAACAUCAGCGCUGGUCAACACAGAGCUCGGCCUCCUGGUUGGUGUUUUGGUGUCGGCCUUCUUCGUCCUCGGCCGGACCCAGCAAGCCCAGGUCCUGGAGCUGGGCCGCGCUGCCUCCAGGGAGCACUAUGAGAACGUUUCAUCCUACCGUGGCCUUCAGACACAUUUUGGAGUGGCUGUAUUCAGAUACGGUGCUCCGAUCUACUAUGCCAACCAGAGCUUGUUCAAAAAAUCUCUAUACAAAUGUGCAAAUCUUAAUCCUGUGAAGGAGAAGGCUCAGCGUUUGAAAUUUGAAAAGAACAAAAAGCAGAAAGGCACUGAAGAGGGAGCAAAGGGGAUGCCUGAAGACAAACAAAACAGGGAGAGUGAGGCUUCUUCAUCCGUAAUAUUGAUGCUGGACGAAAAAUCUUCCAGAAGCGUAUGCAGCUUGGUAAUCGACUGCAGCGGCAUCUUGUUUUUGGACACGGCAGGAGUGAACGCUCUGAAAGAGGUCCGCAAAGAUUACAGAGAACUUGCGGUUGAAGUGGUCUUGGCCCAGUGUAAUACUUCAGUACUGGAUUCUCUGGAAAGAGGCGGUUACUAUGACAGCAAAAAAGAUGGUGAGGUAGGAAAAAACAACAUGAUAUUCUUCACCAUCGCGGAUGCUGUCAGCUACGUCCAAAACCUUAAUGUGCCAAAUGGAGAUUGUGAUAACAAAUCCUGAAGAUGCAAUAAUCCAUCCAAAGGUUCAGCACACAGCUAAACAGUAGCUCUUUGUCACCAACAUGCCUUAUAAUUCUGCUGCUGCUGAUGGAGGUUGGUGUUACAGGUGUAGAUCAGAAUUAUUUAUUUUACCUUCAGGGGUCAAAUCAAACUUAGAGAAGAGUUACUGGAAACCUUAGUUAUGAUGUUACAAUAUAAUCUUAUUUUUCUAUUUCGUAAGCAAACACACUGAAAUGAAUUGUUGAGUGUAUUUUCCCUCCAACCGUUGGGAGAGGUCUAAAAUUUAUAUUGAUGUAUUUUUAUUUUGCUAUGUCUGUCAUGAAAAUCUAUUCAACCUUAUUUUUAUUCUACUUAUUUUAAAUCUAGUAGUGAUGUUUUUUUCACAUGGAAUAGAUUGGGGUUUUUUAGUGUUUCUAAAUUUGACAGUUGCUUGCAAAGAGAAUAAAAAACCCCAGAGGAAGAUAAUCAUAAGUUAAUAAAAUCGCAUCAUCACUGCCUUCCUACUUUUUUAAAGAAAACAUGCUUUGUACAAGAACCCUUCCUUAUUAGUUGUCCUUCCAGUCAAACUACUUUUUGCCUUCAUAAAUAGAAAAGUGACAAUACCAACAGGAAGUGUUUACUUUUGUCCAUUGAGGAACAAAGUUUAACUUAUUUCAGAAGCCAAUCUGUAUUACAAAUUCUUCAUUGUUUUUGUAGCAAUCCUUAUUUUAUUUUUAGACGAUCGUUUCAUCACAUACCUUUUCCACAUUAUGAAGCCAUAAUUCAUGUCUGAGAACUCCUGUUUUAUUCAUCACAUCAGUGCGCUUUUGUAUUUGACUAUUAUGGUAAAUGCUUCAAAGCAUUCCUGAUCAGAAAUACUGUAUGCUUGGCCUCAUUAUCUCAAUAGACCUCAGUAAUGCAGCCAUCUAAAAAUAAAUGUAGGAAGUUAGGUGUUUAUAAGUGCUCUGUUUUUUUGUUUCUUUUUUUUUUUUACAGGAUUUUUAUCCCCAUUGAAUAAAUACACGUAAAUUAAAGGUAAAUGUUUUAUACUAAUGGUGAAAAGGAAUUUAAUUUAAGGCGUCUUGCGCAAUUUUAUCAUGGAGGCAGUAAAACAUAUGGCUGCCUCCACUAUUGGCAAUGUCACUUAAUGCUAGUGACAUUAUUGCUUAAUGUCACUAGCAUUAAGCAAUAAUUUAACAAUAUAGUCAGGUAGUCAAACAUACAUUAUUACAUUUCAUGUUAGAGAUGAAGGCUUGAUUUUUGUUAGACUGGAGUAGGCUCUUGAGUAAACUUUAAUUACCUAUACUAUACAGUUGUUUGAAUCUGUGGGAUUUGGACAUUGAACUUUCUCCUGGUAUUCUGCAGCACUGACAAAGUCAAAUAUUGCUUUAAGCCUGAACUGGUUUUCAAACGGUUACAUUUGGUGGUGUAAAUCUAUCACAAAAUGGCUCACAGCUGUUGAAUUCGAUCAUAGUUUUAAAUAUGAUCAAAUUCAUUCAAGCAUUUAUUAAUGCUUUGCUAAAACCAAGAGACGAAAAAGUAGAGCCAACAGCAAAAGUAAGUUUUUGAGGUUUCCAAACACUGCUGAACAGGUCUUACUGUAACAUGUAAAAUAUUCAGCUGAAGGUUAGUUGUAGUGAAGUGAAUGCUAUGUACUCCUCUGAGUUUUGUGGUAAGUCGUCAUGGUUUCAGUUCAAAUAUUUGAUCAGUCAGCAAGAUGAAGGUUGAAUAUACAUUGAAAGGUUUACUGUAGGUCAUCAGAAUGAAAAGCAGAGCAGUUAUGCAA